AUGCUUGGGGCAUUUCUACUCUUCGCAAUUAUCUGCCUAUCCGAUGCGAACAAUUUGAGUACCACGAAUAGUGCACGAAGCAAUCCGGAACCAUCGUUCGGAACAUACAGUCAGUGGAAUGUGCCUGAUUACCACUAUGCUCAACCGGCGAAUCCAAUCCGCUAUUCGUAUUUCGAGAAUCCGUUACUAACAAGUGCUUCCAGACAAGCUAGUUUUGUCUCUCAGAAUCCUGCAGAUUAUCAAGCAUCACGUCCAGCUUUGUGGCCGGUUAACAAUCCUGUGCCAUAUCCAUUUGCACUGCAGGAAUACGCGACCAGUUAUCUUCCAAGAACUUACGAUUCACAGGCAAUUCAGGAUUGUCCAAAAAGUGAAGCAGAAAGCAAUGCUCAUCCAAAAAAAGCAGAUAUCCUGCAGUUCCCUGAACAAGAUCCGCAAGUUCACAGCUCCGUUCCUGAUGAUCCCGCGCAGUCAGACAGUUUAUUGAGGACAACGCUGCAAAGGCCACUGGAUGCUCAGUCAUCACAGUCACAGGUGCGGGAAAAUUUGCUUGAUUCAGCAGCAUUAGCCACAUAG